CGCCGCCAAACUUUGCCUUGCAACUCGCAAACCAAACAAAACCCACAAAUUUAUCAAAAUGAAAGUGUUCGUACUUCUUGCCGCUAUCGCCGCUGUCGCACUUGCCGCUCCUCAAGGAGCAGAUAAGGAUGCUACCAUCUUGAAGAGCGAAUUGGACAAUAUUGGAGUUGACGGAUACAACUAUGCUUACGAAACAAGCAAUGGCAUCUCCCAAUCCGAACAGGGUCAGCUCAUUAACGCCGGCACCGAAAACGAAGCCAUCGCCGUCCGUGGUCAAUACAGCUACGUCGGCCCCGAUGGCGUCACUUACACUGUCACCUACAUCGCUGACGAAAAUGGUUUCCAACCCCAGGGCGCUCAUAUUCCUCAACCACCGCAAUAAAUCACAAAACAGUCUUCAAGACUGAUCUUGUACAUAAAUAGCAAAUAGUGAAUGCUCAAAUAAAUUAAAAAUAAAUUUUUACUAUUAAAAA